GCCCGCACGCCUCCUGCUGCCUCUUCACACAACAACUAUUCAAAGUUGAGUACUCCCGUUUUCUGUGUUGUCUUUCAGAGCUGCAGGCUGUCAAAGAAAACAAUGGCGUCCACACCAGAGUUGAAAGUCGGCCAGAAGCUGAAUGAGGGAAAGACGAAGCAGAUUUUCGAGCUCGUGGACCAGCCCGGACUGGUCCUGGUCCAGUCCAAAGACCAGAUCACCGCUGGGAAUGCCGUGAGGAAAGACCAGAUGGAGGGCAAGGCUGCUAUCGCCAACAAAACCACGAGCUGCGUGUUCAAGCUGCUCCAGGAAUCUGGCAUUAAGACUGCCUUUGUGAAGCAGCACUCGGACACAGCAUUCAUUGCAGCCCACUGUGAGAUGAUUCCCAUUGAGUGGGUAUGUCGGAGAGUGGCAACUGGAUCCUUCCUCAAGAGGAACCCAGGAGUCAAAGAAGGCUACCGCUUCUCCCCCCUGAAGAUGGAGAUGUUCUUUAAAGAUGAUGCCAACAACGAUCCCCAGUGGUCGGAGGAGCAGCUGCUGGAGGCCAAGUUCUGUCUGGCUGGGCUCACUAUCGGCCAGUGUGAGGUAGACAUCAUGAAUCGCAGCACUGUGGCCAUCUUUGAGAUUCUGGAGAAGGCCUGGGCCACUCAGAACUGCACGCUGGUGGACAUGAAGAUUGAGUUUGGUGUGAAUGUGAAGACUCAAGAGAUUGUCCUCGCUGAUGUGAUCGACAACGACUCAUGGAGGCUGUGGCCUGCCGGAGAUCGAAGCCAGCAAAAAGAUAAACAGGUGUACCGAGACCUUAAAGAAGUAACCCCUGAGGCGAUGCAAAUGGUGAAGAGGAACUUUGAGUGGGUCUCUGAGAGGGUCAAGCUGCUGCUGGAGUCUCAGGCCAAUGGCAGGGUGGUCGUUCUGAUGGGCUCCACCUCGGACAUGGCCCACUGUGAGAAAAUCAGGAAGGCUUGCACCUCCUACGGGAUUCCAUGUGUUCUGAGAGUUACCUCGGCACACAAAGGUCCAGAUGAGACACUCCGCAUUAAAGCAGAAUACGAAGGUGACAGUGUACCCACUGUGUUUGUGGCUGUGGCCGGCAGAAGUAACGGCCUCGGUCCCGUGAUGUCUGGAAAUACGGCUUACCCCGUCAUCAACUGCCCACCUCUCACUCCAGACUGGGGUGCACAAGAUGUCUGGUCAUCCCUUCGCAUGCCAAGCGGUCUCGGCUGUUCAACAAUCCUCUCCCCUGAGGCCGCUGCUCAGUUUGCUGCACAGAUCUUCGGGCUGACUGAUCACCUGGUGUGGUGCAAACUGAGGGCCUCCAUGCUCAACACCUGGGUGUCUCUGAAGGUGGCUGAUAAGAAGCUACAGGCCUGCAGCCUCUGAAGUGGCUCAAGACCCGUUUGAGCCGAGAGUGGUCUUUUUAGGGCUCCACUGUCUGUCUUGCCAUGUCUUUGUUUACCAUGAAACCCCCACUAACAGUAGAUUCAAUCAACAUUUCCUUUUUCACACACUUAAAUCAUUCCAUUAAAAAAAGAAUUUAUUAAAAGCUUCUUAAUGAAA